AUGUUGACGCGGUACACCUUGCCGGCCAUGGUCGCAUCAGCAUUCUUGUCCCAAUCAACCUUGCCUUUCCUUGGAGGGAUUGGCAGGCACUACAAACCACAAGGUGAUCAUGCGAAGAUUGAGUGUUUGUCCAGACGUGUAGCCCUUUUGCUCGGACCUUGGCUGGGCGUUUUGAUAGCUUCAUUCGAAGGCUGUGUUUGCUUCUUUCUCGCGGUGUCAGCUGCUGCCGCACCAUUGUUGUUGUGGGACCAGCCGGCGAUGGAAAUUCAGCCAAUGUCAACGGGAAAACCUUUGAUGCUGAAGUGCCUGAAGCAAAGCCCGGCAAAAUGGGUGAUUCUCUUUAUAUCAUGUUGGCAAUUCUUCUUAGCAUUUGGCUUCUAUGCUUUCAAUAUGUUAUUGGCUUCGCUCUUGUCCAAUGCUCAGCCGUGCUUGCUCGCCACGAUUGCAAGCACCUGCUGUGUCGGGGAGCUCCUUGGCGCAAAGGUGUCGUUUCUUGGGGAGCUCGUUGGGCAGCGCUUUGAUGUGGAGCUGUGCCGCCGUGCUGGUGGAGUGGCCCGAACAGCAUUGACGGUGGUGGCCUUAAGCCGGUUGAGUGCUUUCCUUACGGUCGAUUCGGGUGAUGUCAUUGCUUCCACAAGUUACUUCAGCAGUGGCAUUUUGCUUUUGUCAUUGUUUGUGUCAAUUCUGGCAGCGCGCUUGCUCAGUGAUUUGCAGAGUGAUUUGGCCUAUCACGUUUUGCUGGAGGGUGUGGAGGGCGGCACUGAAAUUCACAAGUUGGAACAACCGAUCGAUGCUUUGGCAGGGGUAGCAGGCCCACUGUAUGUUCGAAGUGUCGCAACUCACCAUGGCUUGGGUACAGCUAUGGCAGGCCUUUGCAUUCUCUACUUUGCUUUGGUUUUAUUCAUCCAGACCGGCCUCAAUCGCAUCAUUUCGCCCUUGGCGGAGACUGCAGCAAGUAUGGAACCUGCCUGGCCACCCUGGCAACCUAUGCAGGAAUCUUUCUGGCUCAGCAGGCAUGGCUACGGUUACGGCUACGGAGCGAGUCGUAGAAGCUCGAAGAAGCCGUUGGAGACCGUCGAGGACGAGAGCGACAGUGACGAAGCCUCGACCCCCAGCGACGACUCCCCGCGCAGCGAGAGUGUCGACUCCGCGACCAGCGAAGCGACCGGCAGCAUCGGACCCGUUGAGGCUGAAGUGAUCCCGCAUCAAAGGGCACCUGCAGGCCAAGUCGGCCAAGUGUCACCUUUGCCAAGACGGCGAAGUGUUACUUUCAAGGAAGACGUUCUGGUCGUCACCGACACCUCCAAAGAGUUUAUCAAGCUCAGUGCCAAGCAAGGUGGCCCGAAGCGGCGCUUCAAGGAACCUCCCGCGCCAAGCAAGCGUCAACGAAGCGCCAAGGCCAACCUGCAAUCGGACGGGAACCAAAGCAUUCCUGUCCCUCCAGAACCUUCACCAGAAGGACCAGAUGUUGAGCAUUGGAGUAGGGAACAGGCUGUUCCAACAGAGGCUCCUGCCGAUGUGCCGAAGUCACGGGAAGGAACGCCGCCCAAAUCCAGCACGGAGGUACCGGCAGAUGAACCUCCAGUCCAAGCGCAGAAGGAGAGUGGUAUGGAGGCGGUGGUGAAGACGAAUCCGCCCGUGAAAGCCACCAAAACAAAAAAGGAGAAGAAGGCCAAAUCCCGAGAAGCGAAAAGCGAGAAGCCGCCUCACACUGAGGCACCCGCGGAUGAGAAGGUUGAUGAAGAAAAAGAAGAAAGGAACGGCACUUGUAAGAACACGUCAAGCCCUGUUGAGGCUUCCACCGAGGAGACGGACCACUUGCCACGAAGGAGAUUCAACCGACCCGGACCAAACGAAGAGAGGUUGGAUGUAGAGCCACCCGCAGAGGCAAGCACCACCGAAGUGGACAAACAUGCACAGAAAAAGAAGGAAAAGAAGGAAAGGAAAGAAAAGAAGGACAAAGACAAGGAAAGAGAGAAGGAGAACGUGAAGCACAAAGAGAAGGAGAAAGAGAAGGAAAAAGAGAAGGAAACAGAAAAGGAAAAAGACAAGGAAAAGGAGAAGGACAAAGUGAAGGACAAGAAGAAGGACAAGAAGAAAGAAAAGGAUAAAGAAAAGAAGAAAGAAAAGAAGAAGAGCAAGAAGGAAAAGAAUCAUGACGAUGCGAAGGCGUCUGAGGUGGCCGCACCCUCACCUGAGAAGACCUCCGAAGAUGAAGCGGAUGGCCUCAUGGCAAGGUCGGCAGACAGGUCGAAGACGUCCUCCGAUCCAGGCGGGAAGCUGGAUGCCAACGUUUGGGCAGCUUCAGCCAACGCCGAGGCUGAAGCGAAAGCUAUGACAGCAGUGUCACCCUUUGAUGUGGUGCGCGAAGACUUUCGGAACGAAGACACCGCCUUCGCUCGGAACCGACCGAAUCCCCGACCGAAAGCCGUCCAGGCCGACAGCAUGCUCGGGGCGGCCUUUGGUGCCCCAAUCCAUGCGACGGGUGCCAAGCGCCGGCGCAGGCGGAGGCGGGACACCUCGCAGGACAGUCGGCAUCACCGACACAGACGCGCUCGCCGCGAGGAGUCUCCAGUGCGCCCACCUUCAGCUUGGCCUGGAGGGUGGCCCCCUAUACCGGUCUCAUACCAGAUGACGUCCCACAGUUCGUAUUUGGCUAUGGCCCCAAGACAGCACUCCUUGCAUCCGUUUGCGCCUGCUCACACCAUGCAUGCAGUGCAUGCAAUGCCCAUCGAAGUUGCACCUCAAGUAGUCCAGACAGAAAGAAGACCUUCGUUGUUGCCGUCAGUGCAAGAUGAAGAGGCCCUUCAAUACGAUGAGACCAUCGCAGAGGCAGAGGGUCGUGGCGAAUCAGAGCUCGCGGAUGGAGUGCUGAAGACAGCAGCCAAUCCUGAAGAAGUUGAUGAGAAAUCUGGAGAAGACGACUCUGGAGCCGAGAGUGAGAAACCGGAGCAAGUGGCCGAUGCCGACUCCUCCCUUCCUCCGGCCGCUUCGGUCCCGGAAGCCGACGAGGACACCGGCGAGUCAGGUGGACCGGGUGCGAAGUCAGACGAGCCGGAACAGGUCCAGUCGGGGCCAAAGGAAGCAGGUCCAGAGAGCUUGGCAGAGAGGUCCAAUCCGGAGAAGAGGUCGAGCCUCGAUCCUGGUUUGGAGCGUGAGGAACGCCGCCCCAAAGCGCCCGCCGCGCGGAAAUCGGCUCCCAUGGUGCCAUCGCGGACGCUGCAAGGAAGUGGACAGAAUGAUGACGACAGUGACUGGGAAGCAGACGGGGACCUCCAACUUGGUUUGCGAGCAGCCUUAGGCUUGCCGGACCCCAGUGAGGAACCGGAGGUCAUUGAGGUUGGCAGUUCGACGCUCCAGAGGACACAAAAAGACUGGCCACGGAUGGUAAGCUGGCCAGAAGGAAGAGGGCUCUUGCCGCUCAAGCUGCCGAAGGCGGUUUCGUGGCACGUGACCUCGUUGAAGAGUCACGAGCUUCGCCGCCGCCAGCAGCAACGGACCCCUGGAGCUGGAGCUGGCGCCUCUCCAGGUGAUUCUGUUGCAGGAGACCCUGAGAUGUACACGGAGGUGGUGGCAUCAGUGGCACCUGUCUCAGUGGCAGUGGCUCCGCAAAAGGUAGAUGAGGCAAAACCACGACGUGGCAUCCGCCUUGCUGGAGAGUACAGGCCGCCCCCUCGGCUUCGACUUCCACGUGAUGCCCAGCCGUGGAAUGCCGCCAACUACCGCGGGACUGAGCUGGCUGCGCGCGCCAAUGCUCGGAGAGAAGCUGUUCAACAGGCUGGGCCUGACUACACCACCAAGCUGGUGGGACUCAUGCGAAACCUGGAGAACCACACCUCCGAGCCCGCCGAUGUGCUGAGACUCUUCUGGUCGACGCUUUCAGCAGGAGAACGGAUUCGGUUCACCUCCGAAUUCCCACAAUUUCUGCAUCAUUUGCCAAAGGAACCCAGAUUGCGAGCAAGCUGA